GAUUGAAGGAGAAGAGAUUGAUGAUAUAAACGUAACAAAGUAGUCGCGAAUUUUAUGAUCGCACUUUAAAAUGGGCGCUUCUUUCGCCGGUGAUAAAGACAAGAACAAAUCAGAGCCUACUGCCGGUGAGGUCGUAAAAUUCGCAUGGAUUUUCCUUCCGCACCUGCUCCCGCGGCUGCUUAAUCCGCAGUACGAGCAUUUUUGCGGAUAACUACAGGGAAAGUAACCUUCGACAUCUCCUAAACGGCUCAAGAUACAGGAAUGCGCUUUUACCACAAUAUAGUCCUAUAUCAACCCUAGUCAGACCAAAAAGUUCGACUCUCAAUACCUAGUUGAAACGGGAUGUCAACUAGUAAAGAGAAGGAUGAAGAAAAACCUGUAGUAGCGAAAACGGCCGUAGAUCUGCAAAGGUUAAAACUUGUAAAAUUAAUGAAAAACAUAGAUAAGCCAAUAAUACUACCAGAACGCCCUAAAGCGAAAAAUACACCAUCUGUGCCAGAAUUUGUUCGUAAUGUUAUGGGUAGUAGUGCUGGAGCUGGCAGUGGAGAGUUUCACGUGUAUAGACAUUUACGACGCAAGGAAUAUGCACGGCAAAAAUUUAUUCAAGAGAAAGCGCACAAGGAGUUGUUAGAUGUUGAAUAUCAUCAGAAAUUGGAGAAAAAUAAGAAAUUGGCAGAAGAAGCAACAGCAAAAAAACGUGCUAAGAGAUUAAAGAAAAAGCAAGGACGUAGGCAAAAGAAACAAGUGAAAACUACGAAAGAAGAUAACACUGUUGCAAGUGAAGGAAACAGUGAAGAUGAUAGUUCAGAUGAGAAUGAAGAAACUAGGAUUGCAGAAACUAGUAAAGAAUAUAAAAAUAAUAAAGGAAAUAUUCAGAAUUGUCUUGAAGAUAUGUCUACUGUUGAAGAUGAAUUGAAGGUAACAAAUGAGAGUCAAGAAAUCAUACCAAAAAUAUCUGUUAAAGUAACAAGUAAAAACAGUCAAUGUGAAAAUGGAACAUGACAAUGCAUAUUAAUAUUUUUGUUUGUUAGGUUUAAAAUUUCAGAAUAUAUGUAUUACUAGUAUAUAUGUAUAACUAGUAAAUUUGAUUUUACAAGCAAAUCUAUUGUAUCAUAUGCUAGUAUGUAUAUACAAUAUACUGUCCAAAAGUUCCUGGACUAAGGUAAUAAAAAUUAAAAAAAGAAGGCGAGUAUUUUUUUCUGUUUAUUUAUUCAAAACAGGAUCCAUCAUAUGUAAUACACAGUUUAGUACAUGUUUCCAACUUCUUCAUGGCAUUAGAAAAGUCUCCUGCGGGGAUCUUGUUUAGUUGAUUAUGGCUUUCUGAAGCCACUUAAAAAUUGUUCGAUUUAGUGCAUUACCGUAAGCUUUCUGAAUUAGUCUUUGUAUCCAAAAAAUCGACUUUACAACAAAAUUUAACCGCUAUAUAUUGUUCCUCCUAAACACCUAUCUCAUGAUAUAUGGAGUAAUGACACAAUUAGUGCGAGACAUUCUGCCUUAAUAACUGCAACUAUAUUAACGCCAAUUUGCAUUCUUGUGAGAAA